CUUAUCUUGAUCUAGCCGAGCGUCAAAUUUUGAGGUCCCUUUUGUUCUGUUCCGAGAACCGAGGGGUGGGCACUAGGGGUCUAUAUUCGGCCAAUCCCUGGAGCAAGGCAGCCUCGAUGUGACAUACAUCGAGGGUUAGAUGGUCGGAGUUACUUGAAAGAACAAAACGAGGUUCGGCAGUGAAGCUGAGACAUGAAAGAAAGAAAUCUAUAUAACAGGUCCAAGUCAACGUCCAGUGCAAGGUCUACCUUACCACAACCCCUGCUCAUUGACUUCGCAAUGACGUCCACUAUCUACCGUCGUCAGUCUAUGGCUACUCUCUACGAGAAACUUCGCGCUCAAGACGGGGAGGAUCAUAUGGCUUGGCUUGCCGAAGUUACCGCCGAAUUCGACACAGAAGACAAACCAGCACUCUUCGUCCCAUCUGUCCCAGGUCCACCUUCAGUCAUUUCAUCUGGUUCAUCUUCAGCCUCUUCUUCACCUCAAAAUUCAAUAACUUCCUUGGACUUUCAUGAUCAAUCCCAAGGCGAAUCCGACUCUGACUCUGAUUCGGACUCAGAGAUCGAGCUCAUUGAUAACCAAGAUGGGAUUCUCUUUCAGUCUUAUGACCCUAUCCAAUAUUCACCCUCAGACUUUUUAGACCACAAUCUCGAUCCAGUCGCGGAUCUUCCUUAUAUCCCUCCUGUCGACGCCGGGUUUAAUCCUCCGCUCAUCUUUGGGUGCAACGCAGAACCUCAAGCCGCACUUACAAUGGAUCCCACUCCCCCCUCUUCCUUUGUCCCACAACCAGCUCCGCAGCCCAUGUUCCCUGCAGUGAACAACUCCUUGCCAUUUAUUACGCGGUCCGCUCGUUCCUUCAUCAAGCGCAACCCUGUCGCGCUACAUGAUUCGGACGAAGACGCCGAGGGUCAGAGCGAUUCAGAGGAGACGGACGACGAAUAUGUCCCGUCAUCUUCGCGUAAUCCGAAAAAAACUAUACCUUCCCAUGCUUCCACUUAUACCAUGAGCCAAUACAUAUCACCUCCCGCAAAACGAGCUCGCCCUGCCCCCCUUCCCCGAAACGCGCAAGCAGCCCCUGGCACUGCUCCCAGCUUUGCGAGUAAAUCUAACCCUUGGGCGUGUCCCUAUUGCAAGUGGAUCCAGCGCAACCAUCGUACUCCUGACCUUAAACGACAUAUCCUCACGCAUACCCGUCUCGAGAGACCUGCACAGUGGGUCUGCUGUGGUAUACCCGUUGAAUCGGCUACAAUAUAUAAUGUUCCGCACGACGCGGCUCCCUACAUCUAUAACGGCAAACAAAUGGUUGGAGGAUGUGGGAAAGAGUUCAGUCGGCGGGAUGCGCUCAAGCGUCAUCUGGGCAAUGACCACAUCUCCUGUAUCGGAGAUAUCGACGCGUUCGCUAAUGUCUACGACGAUUGAAUAACGAACUUAUGUCAAACGAUCGGCCUUGUGAUGACUGUCAAGAUCAUCUGAUAUCAUUUACUUACAUGUAUUAUCAAGUACCUUAUCAUACCCUCGGACAUCGCACUUAUCUCUCUCUCUCAUUUGGAACGCAAGUGCAUAUGUAUGCAUCACAAUUUUUGACUUUUUACCUUCCUCGGUCUGCCCAGCUGUUGUUGCACCAAACUAUUCUGCACAUUGCUUGCUGCAUUUUCCUACAU